ACAACUGGAAACGGUCUCGCUGUGUAUCCUCGUGUGUGAUUGUCAAGAUUAGGAUCAGCAGGCAGGUGCUUGUGAGGGAUGUGUGUUUGUGGGUGGUGGGUGUCACAGGGGGCACCUGAGUGGGUUGGUCCCCGCUUGGGUGUGUGUGGGUUUUUGUUGUUGUUGUUGGUGUCGUUCUUUUCACUGAACUAUGGGCUUUGUGGUGUUGGAGGAGGGUUUAAAACGGCUGAUGAGCAGGAGGACGGUGAAAUAAACAAAUGCAAAAGGGCAAAGGCCAGGUGUGACUCUUAUAAAUAGACGGUCCCCUUUUGUGUGAGUGUGUGUGUGUGUGUGUUGGGAAGGAUUUGUUUUAUUCUGAAAAUGCGACAUCCAUACCUGCCGCUGAAACAGCGACAGCCCAGAAGAGCCGCAGGCGCUCCGAUGCUAAUGUUGUCGGGGGCUUUGACUUCUCCCAGCCAUUGCGAGGAAGCAGCUCCGCGUGACAGCCACGGCGCAGCUCUCUCUCUCCCCCCCCCCCCCACCCCCCGGUGCUCCCCGGUGCUCUCCGUUCUCGCUCCUUGCGCCGACCGCGUCCCAUCCGUCACCGUCACGAACGCCCGCGCCGCGAUGGACGACACGGACAUCAUGGACUUAACGCACCAGAAGGCGAGGAAGCGACCGCGUCCCAUCGGUUCCGCGGACGAGUCCGCGCACGCUCCCCUCAAGCGGCUGCCGAUCCGGGCGUCGGAGUGCAGGGAGCCCCCGCUGAUGUACGCGAUGAGAGGAGAGCCGCUUCCCGCAGCGUCUCUCAAGCAAAACGACCACUCGGUGACUUCCUCUCCCAACACGGUGAUGCCGGCGCAGGAUCAUCGCUCCAGCAUGUCCAGGCCCAUGAUCACUCGAUCACCGGUGUCUCCCUUGAGCAACCAGGGCAUCCCAACAGCUGCACAGCUCACCAAGUCCAACGCCCCCGUGCACAUUGAUGUGGGGGGGCACAUGUACACCAGCAGCCUGGCCACCUUGACAAAAUUCCCAGAAUCCCGAAUCGGUCGUCUCUUUGAUGGCACGGAGCCCAUAGUCCUGGACAGCCUGAAGCAGCACUACUUCAUCGACAGGGAUGGACACAUGUUCCGCUACAUCCUCAACUUCCUCAGGACGUCCAAGCUCCUCAUCCCAGAAGACUUCAAAGACUACAGCCUGCUGUACGAGGAGGCGCGGUACUUCCAGCUGCAGCCCAUGCUGGCUGAGCUGGAGAGCUGGCGCCAGGACCAGGAGCUGAGCCGGGUGUCGCGCCCCUGCGAGUGCCUGGUGGUGCGCGUGGCGCCUGACCUGGGCGAGAGGAUCACGCUCAGCGGGGACAAGGCCCUCAUCGAAGACGUGUUUCCGGAGAUCGGCGACGUCAUGUGCAACUCUGUCAAUGCCGGCUGGAACCAUGACUCCACGCACGUCAUCCGCUUCCCACUCAACGGGUACUGCCACCUCAACUCUGUCCAGGUCCUAGAGCGCCUCCAGCAACGCGGCUUCGAGAUCGCCGGCUCCUGCGGCGGAGGCGUGGACUCGUCCCAAUUCAGCGAGUAUGUCCUGAGGAGGGAACUGAGGAGGACGAGUCAGCGAGGUUCCAAUUCAAACAGGAUAAAGCAGGAGCAGCUGGACUAGAAACUUCCCGAGCAGCAGGAGGUGCUAGACUUUUUUUCUGUGGCGGCAGAGCGCUCCACGCUGCAGAGCUCUGUGGACUGUUUUUUUUUGUUUUUUUGUUUCCUUGUUGAUGUUUUUGUUUUCUUAAACUUGAGAACCAUCUAGAGAAUUUAAAAAGGAGGGGAGAUUUUUUUGCCAUAAGAAGAUACAAGACGUUUGUUAAGUUUGAGAUUGCAAGGACAUUUGUGAAUGUCGAGCCCCCCAUAAACCAAUUAAAAAAGGAUUUAUAUACGCUGGAUCCCCAAAAAAAGUUUGUUUUAAAACUUGGAGCCUACAUUAGGUUGAAUAUGAUUUCUACCAUACCCAUAUAAAUUUAAAAAAGGCUUUUAUUGCUUAUGUAGUAUCUUCCAUAGCUUGUUACCAGUGACUUGAUUUUGAUGUCACUGGCAAAGUGUCUGGCAAAUCAAGUCUGUUUUUAUCCCUCGCUGUAUAAAGGUCAAUAAGUUGUUGCUUACAGUACAGAAUGUCUCAGUUGUCAUAAACAGUUAGUUUCAACAACGCGUGUUUUUUCACAAUUAUCAUGACGUUAAAUAUUGUGAUACCAAUGAAGUGGAUUUUUUUUUUUUUAUUACUUUAAUGGAAGUUAUUUUAUUAGAUUAUAACAUUAAAUAGUUGAAAUUAGCAUCAUUAAAAUGACACCCGGAAAUCCCGGACCAUUCUGUACGAAUAAAGAUUUUUUUUCAGUAGAUUAUAACUUCACACCAUUUGCCUCAUUGGGGAGUAUGAACCACUCACCCCCCAUGUACUAGCUUUGGAAUUAUUGAAUCAUAAUAUUCAUAACAGAGUCAUAACCUGUAAAUUUGAUCAUUGUAUAUGUGUUUGUGUUUUUUACAUUGAAUCUUUUUAAAGCAAACUUGCCUCAGACGUGACUGAACAGAUUAUUGUACCACCCCAAUCCAAGAUCACUUUUACUUGUUGCGCAUAUUGAUAUGAAGUUGGAUAUAAAGUAUUUCUAACAUGACUGACCCACCUACGCUCCCUAGAUUUGAGUAAAGAGGAUUGUAGCAAAAAAAAGAACAAAGUGAAAUAAAUCUCAACUAAAGUUG